UUUAACGUUUGUUUGCAGACCUCAAUUGUAUCAUUGAAGAAGAAGUAACAACACAGGCGUUGGACUGGAAGUGGUGCUUCCGAUAGUUUAUAUUGCUACUAAAUAAAUUGACAUCAGACCGUACAAGCACGAGGUUCAUCAUGCCUGUCACUUGUGCAGUAAACGGCUGCACCAACAAGUUUAUCAAAGGGUCAGAAAUACGAUUUUACAGGUUCCCCAUCAGUAAGCCUCAGCUUGCCAACCAAUGGGUACAAAGUUUGGGGAUGAAAAACUUCAUCCCUACACCUAACACUUGCCUCUGCUCAGAACAUUUCAACCCAGAUUGUUUCCGAGACUACAAUGGAAAACAGUUUCUUAGGGAAGAUGCCGUGCCCACCAUUUUCGGUGCUGAUUCAUCGAAGCCUGAAUUACGAAAAAGGAGUAUGAUGACCAAGGACACAAAUGCGGCUAACCGCUUCGGGGCACCGUCAGACCGGGAGAGGGCUAAGACGCUGGAGAAGAGCAAGGUCAAGGAGAAACGACAUAGUACCCGGGAUACUGGCAAGGGAAGAGGUGAUGGCAAGAAACGAGGUGGAGGACGAGGAGGAAUCUCCUCCAACACUGACCGACAGACUAUAGGGGCGAAGAGCAAAGUGUAUGACAACAAAGGCCGCCUGCUCUCCUGCGGCAAGGACAUGUGUGACUGCCUGGACGCGGACUGCAUGGGCUGCUUCUACCCCUGCCCCGAGUGUAGCUCCCGCAGGUGUGGCGUGGAGUGCCGCUGUGACCGCAAGUGGCUCUACGAGCAGGUUGAGGUGGAGGGGGGAGAGAUCAUCCGCAACAAGUACGCUGGCUAGUCUCCCCCAUCCUUAGGCCUUGAACUAUGACUGUUUUUAUGUUCUGUUUUUCUCAUUUUUGUUUUCUGUAGAACGAGGACAGAAUAAGAAAUGGUCUGAAGUUGCCAAAAGAUACUAAAUCAAGUUAUCACAAGAUGUAUCAAGAGUAAAUGAAUAAGAAAUAAUACUCCCACAAUGGUUUCAACCAAGUGUUAUAAACAUUGCAUAUGUAGUUUAGUUCCUGUACCGAGAGGAUCAAUUCAAGAAAGUGUGUGCGCAUACACUUCGCCGGUACCUCGCUACGAGAUCUCAUGCAAAGGAAAAAGAGGUAUAUGACGGAGAUUUGUUUCCACCUUUUUCGAAAGUAUGCAUGCCUGAAGAAUUUCCCACGUUUCAUUUUCUGCCUUUUCUCAUGGUUUUUGCAAUUCUCCACUUGUUUUGAUUAGUGAUUACAUAUUUGUUUUGUGCCCACAGCUGUCAAUUAAAUUGGUCUUAAUUCAUAUAAAAAAUAUUUGAGUGUCCAGACCCUUGUGGUGAGCCCUACAAAAAGUUUAUCAUGAUUAUGGGCGAUGACUGGUGGCUUCUUCAGUAUCAUUUGUGUGGUUUUGCGACAGUUUCCUAGAAAUGUUCACGAGGUGUUAAGCGGUCGAAUCAAGCAUGCCGCUUUACCACAGAUAAUCUCCAUUACAGAGUGUUCUGUUCAAUUUCACAAUUAUUUUCUGUGACCUAUUAGGUCUAUUUUUGGGUAGUGAUAAAUGUCCCAUAGUCACAGUUGUGUGAAGUACUACUUAAGUAGUUUCUGUGGUGACCUGUACCUUUUUAUAUUUUUGACUACUUUUACUUCACUACAUUCCCCCCCAAAAUAAUGUACUUUUUACUCCGUACAUUUUCCCUGAUACCCAAAAGUACUUGUUACAUUUUGAAUGCUUAACAGGAUAGGAAAACGGUCUAAUUCACACACAUUUAUGAAGAGAACAUCCCUGGUCUAAUUCACACGCUUAUCAAGAGAACAUCCCCGGUCAUCCAUUCUGCCUCUGAUCUGGUGGACUCACUAAGGACAUGCUUGUUGGACCCUGCCCCUGGCUAUCUGUAAAUAGAAAAGUGAGUGCGGUCUGGUUUGUUUAUUUAUACAUUUUACUUUUGAUACUUAAGUAUAUUUUAAAAGCAAAUACGUUUAGACUUAAGUAGUGUUUUAUUGUGAUAGCACAUCAACAAUGGAAACGGUACCAUAGACUAGUCAAACCGUUGCUUAACAAACUGGCUGCUGCAACAGCCUAACUCUACAGUAUUACAUUUCUAGUGGGUUUACUACGCAGCUGGGUGUUGCCAUGCUUAUGCGAUCACAGUCGGUGUUGUCCGUCUUGCAUUUGAUGCAAUCGCAGCUCUUGGCUACGGGUAUGAAGAAGGGGUCGACUCCGGAUGGACAGCCUUCCAGGUAGACCUUCUCGUAGGACCACUCCUUGAAGUUACACGCCCCCUGGGAGUGCGGCAGCCAUGUGCUCUGAUAGUUCAGAUCCUGCCAACAACAGCAUUCAUACCGGUAAAUUGAAAUCAUCUGAACACUGGCCUUGUCCCAGAUCUGUUGUAAUGUAUAGUCAACUCAUGGCAUGACAAUAACCAUAGUGCUUGGCAAGACAACUCAAACCAAUCUGGGAUUCGGCUAAUGGAAACCAUAUUUUUUUAAUUAUUGCAUGAUUCAUAGUGUUACUCUUCUGCUGCCAUUGUGAUCUACACAGAAAAAUAUAAACGCAACAUGUAAAGUGUUGGUCUCAUGUUUCAUGAGCUGAAAUAAAAAAUUUCCAGAAAUGUUC